AUGGCGGCCAAUUCUACAGAUCUCAAACACUACGCCAUUAUUCUGUUCGAAGGCUUCCAGGCCCUCGAUGUCUUCGGCCCUCUUGAUGCUCUCAACAUCACUUCUCUCAACAACGGCAUCAAGCUCUCUAUCAUUGGGCCAACAUUGAGCCCAGUGAGCACAAAGCCACCACCACUUCCCACAGUCAACCUAAAGCCUGGAUGGGGCUUCUCUGAAAGUGUGGUUCCUACACACAGCUACGAUGAUCCACCUACAGACAUCGAUGUUCUCAUCGUUCCGGGUGGCCUGGGUACCAAUCACCCCGCCAACAUUGAGCCAACCGUCCAGCUUACUCGCAGGUUAUACCCGGAUGUCAAAUAUUUAUUUAGCAUCUGUACAGGAGCAAAAGUACUCGCUGGAGCAGGCCUACUUGACGGGAAGAAAGCAACGACCAAUAAGAGACGGUACGAGGAGUCGAUCAGGCCGUUCCCUCACGUCCAGUGGCAGCGGAGCGCCAGAUGGGUGAUCGAUGGAAAUAUAUGGACAUCCUCCGGUAUCAGCGCGGGUACAGACGCCAUGCUUGCCUUUAUCGGGAUGAUUUAUGGCAGGGAAUUUGCACAAGAUGUCGCAAAGAGGAUGGAAUAUCGUUGGGUGGAGGAUCCAGCAGAUGACCCAUUUGCGGCCCCAGAAUUGAGCUUCUGA